UGUUUUAGCCACUUAAAACGCUUCAGUCUGUAUCCGGAUACGGUCAGGACGACUAGUGUGGCAUGGCCAACGCGGAGAAGUGGGAGGCGGUCGGACAUCCCGUGGUGAGGCAGCUCCACGAUGCGCUGUGCAACCAGGAGGCGCAUAUCCUAGCGACGAACAGCAACUCAAACCGGUCGGGAAACUUGCUGUCCCAUCCGCAACUACUUCGUGCGGUAGAGCUGGAAGACCUUCUCGUCAAGAAGAUCAACGUGUGGGUCGGUGAAAAGAAAGGCCGCGACUUCAUCAACGACCCAGCCGCGAUGGCCGAGUACACAAAGGUCGCGUCUCUACUUCGGGCUGCUAUCGAGUCCACAGACGACGCGAACAAGUCGUUUUGGCAAAAGGACGUGGUCGCUCCAGCGCCUGCGAAAGGGAUCCUCGAGCAACUAUUCCAGCCAUCAUGGAUGUCGUUGCCGCAAGCAGUCAGUGCGUCCUCCCCCGGCGGACACUCCAAGGACGAAAAGAAGCAUAAGAAGCACAAGAAGGAGAAAAAGAGCAAAAAGAGCAAGAAAAGCAGCAAAAAGGACGACGACGACGGAGGUGACGCAAGUGGCGCGGCUCGAUUUCACCCGUAUGCCAACAACCCCAUUGGCAACGUCACAAGAGCGCUCAUGCAAAACAUGGACACUUAAUGCAAAUCGUUCCCGUCCGA